GCAGGACAAGGAACAAACCAAAAACCACCUCAACGUGCCCGUCCCUCCACAUUGUCGAACAAAAUCCUCUGUCCACAUCGCCUUUGCAUGAAUACAUGAACAAAAGACAAGCUAGCUUCCUUGAACUCUCCGAACAAAGUCAGAACCAUGAACAAAAGAGACAUGUCCUCCUCAGUAAUCACCCAUCCAACUCACCCAAAGCUGAAAGAAGAUCCACGCUUUUUAGUUGCUUAAUGAUGGGUUUAACAUUCCUCUGUUGCUAAUUACUCCAACUGGUUCUUGCUCGUACAAGCAAAGGUCCUUUGUGUUUCUCGUUCGUUCGAUCGAUGGAGAUGAGAGCUGUGAUUUUGGUGGUGUUGGGGUUGGUUUGGUUGUGUGAGGGGAAGUUUGUGGUGGAGAUGAACAAGCUGAGAGUGAGCUCUCCUGACUCUCUUAAAGGAACCUACGAAUGUGCAAUCGGGAACUUUGGAGUUCCUGACUACGGAGGCUCGAUGGCAGGUGCUGUUGUUUACCCGCACACCAAUCAGGACGCUUGUGGUAGCUUCCGAGACUUCAAUAUCUCCUUCAGCUCUAGGCCCCGCGGGCUGCCGACCUUCUUACUUGCCGACCGAGGAGGAUGUUUCUUCACGUCGAAGGCUUGGAACGCGCAGACCGCUGGAGCAGCUGCAGUCCUUGUUGCUGAUGAUCGGACCGGUCCUCUGAUCACCAUGGACAUGCCCGAUAAUGAUACCGCAGCUGUGUACCUCCCAAACAUCACCAUCCCGUCCGUCCUCAUCAAUAGAUCCUUGGCGGAUGACAUAAUUAAGUCUCUCGCAGGCAAAGAGAUGGUCAAUGUCUAUCUUGAUUGGAUUGAGUCCCUCCCUCACCCUGACGAUCGAGUCGAGUAUGAGUUCUGGACCAGUAGCAACGAUGAGUGUGGUCUCAAGUGCGAGUCGCAGAUGAAGUUUGUUCACGACUUUAAGGGGGCGGCACAGAUACUCGAGCAGAAAGGGUAUACACAGUUCACCCCGCAUUACAUAACUUGGUACUGCCCUGAUGAUUACCGUUCGACCAAGCAGUGCGAGUCACAGUGCAUCAACCAUGGGAGAUACUGUGCCCCUGAUCCCGAGAAAGACUUCAGUGAAGGUUAUCAGGGGAAGAAUGUUGUGGUCCAAAAUCUGCGUGAGGCUUGCUUCUUCAGAGUGGCCAAUGAGAGUGGGAAGCCGUGGCUCUGGUGGGACUUUGUGACUGACUUUUCAGUUCGGUGCCCGAUGAAGGACAAGAAGUACAAUAAAGACUGUGCUGAUCGGGUUAUUCGAUCGCUUGGUGCGGAUGUCAAGAAGAUAGAAGAGUGUGUUGGUGACACUGAGGCUGACGUGGACAACCCGAUCCUUAGUUCCGAGCAAGAUGCACAGAUUGGUGUUGGGUCUCGUGGAGACGUCACUAUCUUGCCGACUCUCGUGAUCAACAACAGACAGUACCGAGGAAAACUGGACCGCCGAGCAGUUCUCAAGGCCAUAUGUUCCGGUUUUCAAGAGACCACCGAGCCAGCUAUCUGUUUAAAUGGAGAUAUACAGACGAAUCAGUGCCUGGACGGGAAUGGUGGUUGCUGGGAGGACAAGGCCACCAAUGUUACCGCCUGCAGGGAUACGUUCCGGGGAAGAGUGUGCGAGUGCCCUACAGUGCAAGGUACGAAGUUUGUUGGCGAUGGUUAUACCCACUGUGAAGCUUCAGGACCUCUACACUGCACGAUUAAUAACGGAGGUUGCUGGAAGGAAAUACGAGACAACCAGACUUACUCUGCCUGUAUUGAAGGCAGUACGAGCGGAUGCAAGUGCCCCUCCGGUUUCAAAGGAGACGGACUGAACUGUGAAGAUGUGGAUGAGUGCAAAGAAAAGUUAUAUUGCCAAUGCCCAGAAUGCAAAUGCAAGGACAAGUGGGGCGGUUUCGACUGCAGUUGCAGCAGUGGCCUGCUCUAUAUACGAGAACAUGAUACCUGUAUCAGGAAGGAUGGGAUUGCAGGGUCUGGCUGGAGAACCUUCUGGCUUACUGUCCUCGGUAUAGCUGCUUUUGGAACGGGAGGCUAUCUGGUAUACAAAUACCGAUUACGGAGGUAUAUGGAUUCUGAGAUACGAGCGAUCAUGGCACAAUACAUGCCCCUGGACGAUAAUCAUGGAGGCUACAUGCCAGUAUCAGGUGGUCAUGGUGAGGCACCAGGUCAAGCUCACCACGGUGACAUAUAAUUGCUGUAAAAUGUAUCAAUAGGAUAGAAAUCAUAAACUUCUCCUUCGCACACAACUUCAUAGACAUUUCUGAAUUCUUAUUAUUCACAGCCUGAACAUUAUCCUUUCCUUUGGUGAUUAAGGGAAUACUUCGACCGAUGUCUCUUAUUAUUACUAGGUUGAUUGUCUUUGGUUGGUCAGGCCAGGCAAAAU